CUGUCUGGGCCGUGCGCCGCGGCCGGAGCUGGUUGUGGGACCAUGUCUGUCGGCAGGAGGCAAGCUUUUCACUGUGACAAGAACCUGUGAACUACUUAUAGAUUUCAUUUCCCUCCUACCCUAUCCAACUAAUCCAAGAAUCACUAAAGCUAAAAUUUGUGUUCAUAGGGAAAGUACUGAAGAGGCUCUUUGCUGCUACUCCCUCCACCUCUCAUGUGCCUGUUCCAAGUGGAGAAGAAAUGGUACUAAAAACUCCUGCCUCAAAACCACAGCAGAAGGAUUCUGAGAGUGCUCAGACUUCAUCAGAAUGUGCCAGUUCUGCAGGUAGAGAAAAUGAAAUCCUGCUUCCAAAGUUAUACACAGUAAGUCUCCCUCCUGAAGGCUAUGUCCCCGGUAAUCCAAGAACAGAUAGUCCCACAAAUGCUGAAAACUCAGAGAGUAGUGAUGAUGCAGCAGAGGAGGAGUCUCAUGGACAACCCAAAAGAAAGCGCAUUCGAAGGAAGAAACGAAAGAACACUGUUGGAAAUCCUGAUAAUUUACAUGGAGAACAAACAGAAUGUGGGAAGCAUGAGACUCUGUUUCAAGAUAAUUUACAGCUGCAGCAGACAGACAGCACAAAAGUAAGCAAAAACAAAAAGAGGAAAAUGAAAAAGAAACGACAAAAAGAAAAGAUGAGAGCAGCUGGCAUGCUAACAAAAACCACUGGUGUGGAUUUUACAUACCAGCCUGAGAAGGACAACUGUGAAGGAGCAUACUUUAAAGACAUAUAUGAAAAAGCAGAUGGCAUUCUGGACUUCUUGAAGGCAACGCAAGAAAUCUAUUUUGCUGACAAUAAAUCAAAAUGCACAGAUUCACCUAUGAGCUCAGCAACCGUCCAAGAGAUUUUGCAACAUCUUGAAUCUCACAGCAUGGCUCCCUCAGAUGUGAGACUUCUGCAGCAGCUGAAAUCCCUUGUACUUUUGCAGGAUACUGAGAGAUUGAAGGGCAUUUUGGAACAAUUCCAAGAACAUUCCAUGAUGCUGCCUGAUCAUGCCAAAAUAAUCUCUUCUCUGUUCUACUACUGGAUUACAGAUAUCCUUCCUGUGAAGAACAGGAAAUAAAGCAUGUGUGUGUGUCCAUCUGUGCAGAGUUAAAAUUUAAUAUACAAACUGUAAGUUGAAUCGUGAAUGUUCAGAAAUAGCACUGUACAUGCUGUAUAUUCAGCAAGGUAAAUGAAGUAUUUUUCAUAUCAUUGACUUCCUCUAAAAUAUAUAAAAGUAUUUUGAUUUUGUAUUUUGGUUGGUUGGGAACAUUUUACAUAUGGGCAUGUGUCAACCAAAUCGUUUAACAUAGACCCCGAAUCUGUUUGCACAGUUGGAUCUGUGCAAACAGAUGCAUCUUUUUGCCGGAUUAGGGACAUAUGGGAUGGUUUCUAGGUGCUCAAACCCUUUUGAUUCAAGAGUUACAUUAAACUUAAAUGUUUAUUACUAAUUUCUUUCUAGAAAAUGUGGUUUUUAGCUAUUAUUGUUUACAGAGUGUCAGAAUGUAUUCUAGGUGGAAUUUAUAACACCAUCUAUAGGUAAGGUAGCCCAACACUUCCUAUAUAAGACCCUUUUUUUAGUUGAAUUUAAUUUUGCCAAACUUUAAUCAUUUGAGCUGAAAUUUUCCAUGCUGGGUGACUGCCGCAGGCUUUUUUGGAAAGUUCAGCCACAACAGUUUCACAGUUUGAGAAAGACAAAAAGGAAAAUAAAGUUGUUUUUAAAACUUUGAGAAAUCUC